GAUGAGAGAAGACCGGACGGAAAGUUCAAACUAGCUAAAGUUGCGGUUGCCAAAAGGGAGUUUAUUAAUCGUGUCGGUGUUUCCCACCAUAAAUUAAUCGAAGUGUUUGAGCCCCGUUUCUGGGACACGAUAAACACAAACUUUACCACCGUGCAAGGAAAUGAUGACGAUUAUCAAACUUAUCAAGAGGACAAAGUUGUAUAUGUUAACUCGACACGUUUAAAUUGCCAUUUCGUGACAAAAACGAGUGACGUGAAUUACAUUAAAACCAUCAGACCGGGAACCCAUUCUACUCCAAUCGUUUUUCAUUCGACAUUGGAACAAGUUCAAAGUAUUGCUCAAUGGAAUGACAACCUGGUCAUCCUAAUGUGUCCUUUCGACUUGCCUCCGACAUUUGAAUCUCGAGAUAAGUCCCUGAGGGCCACCAUCUGCACUAAACAGGGCCUUGGCGUUGACGGAGCCAUAAUCCCAGUCAAGGAUCUGUCCUCCCAAAUGGGAUAUAUUCCAUUUUGUUGUUUCAACCAAGAAUUGUUGAAUAAAAACUUUCUGGAUGGACUUAGCAGCCAUUGUUGGCGCUGCAGACAACCGUUUGAAUUGCUUGGCCUCAACCUUCAAUUGGUCUCGAUUGCAGGCCGAUGCUCGUGCAGUUAUGAGAGGGCAGGACCAGGAUUUGCCUAUCAUUGGCCAGAUGAAGACUUUACCCGACUGAUUGGUGAACGACGCGUCAACGGGAUCCACAGCGAGCUCAUGAUUAGCCACUACCCAGUGAAACAAUUUUACAAGGAUCCAUCCGAGUACCAAAACAUAAUUGGUCCUUUACUUGAAGAAGAGUGGAACCAUUCUACAAAAAACUUUAGCGACACCAACAAGACGCGGGGGGUGAUUAUUCAAACGGCCCUAGUGGAAACCAUACAUGAAGGAGGAAAGAAGUUCAUUGUGACCGCCGCAAAAAUCAGCAUUUCCCCGAAGCACGCAUGGAAUAAGGACAACACAUCUUGUAUCACCAAAUGUACACUGAGCUGGAAGGGUCAGGAAGCUAAAGCCAAAAUCCACAUGAUGAAGCUCCACACGGACGGAAAACUCCAUGUCAUCGUCACGCUGAAAACACUGGCUUCCUGUAGAUAUCUGGUCAACAAUGAUAAUGUAGUGCAAGUCAUUCCCACGCCAAAUAAGAGCGACUAUUCAUCCAUGAAAAAUGCAAUUGAUAACUGGGUGAGCAGCCCCUUGGAUGCAUACAAAUUACUUGGACUUUUACUGGAUCCUGGCAAAUGCCCAUCUGCAUGCUGGAGAUUUGAAAAUCGAGAAAAACCAAAUAAUCGUUUGUGGCUUCACGAAACAUUGUUAAACUUGGAAAAUUACAACAGAGCUUGAACAUUGAACAGAAACGGGCAUUAUCACGAGCGGAAGACUUCCGAGUAAGUGUCAUCCAAGGUCCGUGAGGAACAGGGAAAACGUACACCUUGGCGAUGAUUGCAACGAUUUUGGCAGUAAAAGAAGAAGGAGCCGUGUUUCUCUGCGCCCCAUCUAAUUAUGCAGCCGAUGUAUUAGCCCUUGCAUUAAGUGCCACUCUUAAUGAUAGUGGCAUUAAAUGCCGAAUUGUACGCGUCCUAUCCAGAACCAAGGGCAGGCAUUUUUUGGAUAACGACGCAUCAAAGGCGGAUCAGUUUCCUGUGCUCCAUGAGGAGGUUCGGAAAUCUCCACUCUGGAUGAACGAUGAUAAUAUGGAGGAUCUGGACAUCAUAAAACAUCAUAUCGACAAUAAGACCGAGUUUCUGCUGACACAAGCACAAUCUUCAGCGUUGGAAGCCCACAUCUCCAGUGUCGAGAACGAAGUGCUCCAGAAAUUCGACGUUUUUAUCGCAACUGUGGGAUGUGUCGGGGACCAGCGAUUUUCGUGCAUGGCCAAAAAUGGGGACAUUACCACAGUGAUGCUGGAUGAAGCGAGCCAACUCAGUCAGCCCCAAACCAUUCAUAUGUUAAACUUGAACCCAGCUCGUGUCAUCUUUGCUGACGACCCCAUGCAGCUGUCUUUCACAAUCACGUCACAAGCCGCUUCAGCCGCAGGUCUUGGACUGUCAUUCAUCGACAUGCUGCCAGGGGUGGAUGAAGGGCACCAUGCGUAUGACCACAAAGGAUACCCUUGCCCGCCCCCUUGGAUAACUCUGUGCGGCAACAAGUCUCCAAAAAGAAACGUUGGAUUUUUGACGAAUAUCAACCGUAUUAAUGUGGCCUUGUCGAGAGCUCAGGAAUUUCUCUUUGUCGUCUGGAACAAGCAGUUCUUUUCUACAAACCAACUUCAACAUUUCAAAUCCUUGACCAACUUGUUGAACAAUUGCCCGACAUUUUCUCAACUUCAUUCUUAAAUGAGUAUAUGUUCGAGUAAUUUAUUAUACAUUCUUACUUCUAAUGAAUAAUAUUUGUUUUCUUUUGACUUAUGCAUAGACUAUUUGU